GUACUUAUUACUUAUUCAAUAAUUAGGUGAUAUAGUUGAGAAAGCUAUAAGAAAACGUGAAUGUCGUAUUAGUCGAUACUUCAUGUUAACCUAUUUCUCAAGAAAAGUAUCAUCGAUACUGUGUUAACGUCGAGAAAGAGGACAUUUGUAUUUCUACAAAUUAAGAAAACUACGAAGUCGUCAUCAUGAUGAGCACUAAGAAGAGAUCUCGAAAAUCUGACGCCGACAAGUCAAGUCAUACUGAGCAAUUAGUAACUUGGAUUAACAGAGUUCGCUGUAAAAAAUUAAUGUGUCGCCGAAAUCGCAGACGCGAUUUACGGAUUGAAGCAAUGCUGACGUGUACUCUUUUCAAAGCUGAAAAUCAGUUACGCAUCCGGCAAUCAUCUAGAGCUUUAAAAUGGCAGCAACUUAAAAAACAAUGGUUGAAGAAGGCAAAAUAUUCAAAUUAUGAACUUUGCAAUGAUGAAGAUACGGAAAAUCAGAGAAAUCUCUGGAAAGAGCCAUUGUGUCCUGAAUUAAGCAGUUUAGACAAUUUCAUGUCUAAAGUGGCAGAAGUAAAAGUACCAUUACAACGCUGAAGUAAUGGGAAAAAUGCAAGCGAUCAGGUUUGGAAGACCUAGGAGCUCACUGUGACUACACUUUGACAAGAGGAUUUCUCGCAACUCUUUAUUUACCAAAUGCGUAGAGAUUUCAACAACAACUAUAUGGAAUCUCGAGAGAUUAUGGAGCACCGUAUAUUACGUCGGUGCUGCAGGAAUAGAAAUCGCACUACUAUCCUGAUGUAUAUCUGGAUAUUUUUUAC